AUGGAGCCAAGGGACAAUGGUUACAAGGAAGAUUCAAGAGGGCAAGUGGGCAUGACUUGCAUGGCAGAUUCGAGUAAAGGAAAGAGCAAGACUUCUGUUAAAGAUAUUAGUAACUGCGAUGGCCACUUAGUUUGGACCUUGUUCAAGCUUCAGAAAGGCAAAAUGCCAUCCAAAAUACUGCACUUGGCCAUUCCAUACAUAUUUCCACCGUCCACACAAACAAGUAGUAAGAAAAACAAUUGA